UUUUAUUCUGAAUAUUCUAUUCCUAUUGUAAGUUUGAGAUUUUAAGACUGUAAUUUAGCCAUGGCUCAGGCAAAGACACCGCCAAAGCCUAUGAGGUUUAAUGAAGGCUAUGCCAAAACCCUGACCGGACAAGACUUAAUGCGGUAUAAGGAUUUAUUGAAGUUGUGUAACAAUGUUGAUCCUUGUGAACUUGUGUGGAAAGAUUGUUCUAAGACCGAAGAUUUCAUUCCAGAUGUUAAUUUAAUACAUAUUGCUAGUUACCUAAUAGACCGAACCAGGGUUACCAGCAUGCAAAGCAUGAAAAAUUAUCAGUCAACAAGGGCUUAUAGAUUUCUCAAUGAUGGUUGGGUUCAACAUGUACGGUUUCACAAGCUUCCCAAUGAUUAUGUUAUUUGUGUUGCUCGAGUUAAGCAUUCUUAUUCUUUUAAUGACCCUGCCCUCCGCCCUUGGGCUCUUGUCAAACUAGAUGGUGAAAUUAUUGCUGGUUGGUGCAAUUGUGAAGCUGGUUGUGGUGAAUCAUGUAAUCAUUUAGCUGCUCUUUUGUAUGCCCUUGAAUAUGGAGCCAAACGCAAGAGAGAAACAACAUGCACCUCAAGAGCCUGUUCUUGGCUGCCUCCUGCUUUGAAAGAAGUACCCCUUUCUGCUGUGCGGAACAUUGAUCUGACUACACCAACCAACAAGCGGAAGAGGCUGUCUGGGGAAGUUGAUGAAGAAUCUCUUGUUGAUGAUCCACCUGCACAUCCUCCUAGACAGGCUCUUGUGUCUCCUGGCACUUUGAGCUCUUUCUUCCAGAAGUUACAUGUUGUCAAACCAGACAGUGCAAUUUUUCGUGUUUUACCCGAGUACUGUGAUCAGUAUGUUCCAGAAGAAAUUGUCCUUCCCGUUGUCAAUAUAUUUGACAGGAACUGCUGUGACCUUUCCUUGAAUGAACUCAGGAUGGAGUGUCGGAGUGACUUCAGCAAAUUUAAAGUGUCCAUCGAGGAAAGAGUUAGAAUUGAGAAAUUAACGCGUAAACAAUAUAAAACUUCAGUGUGGCGCAAAGUGAAAGCAGGAAGAAUUGGUGCUUCAGACAUGCAUGCCUGUCUUCAGACUGGUGUUGACGAUCCCAGUAUAUCACUUGUAGAGAAAAUCUGUAAUCCACUCAAGGAACAUCAUCCGAGUAAGUGGAUGAUAAGAGGUCUUGACUUGGAGGGAGAUGCUAAAACUGAAUAUUUAGAACUCAUGCGCAGGAGCCACACCAACUUUCAAUUGUACAAUACAGGGUUGUACAUAUCACCUGAGUUUCCCUUCAUUGGGGCAUCACCAGAUGGUAAAGUUCAUUGUGAUUGCCAUGGGUAUGGUCUUGUGGAAAUCAAAUGUACCAAAGAUGCCAAUCCUGAUGUAAAUGUGGUGCCAGCCAAUCACUACACACAGAUGCAGACCCAGCUGCUCUGUAUUGGACCAAAGUAUACUUACUGUGAUUACUAUGUAUACCACCCUUCAGGUUCCACUUGCAAGAGAGUUAAUGUGGAUUCUGAGCGUCAAGAUGAAAUUUUAGUUGGUGCAGAAAAUUUUUGUCGUAAAGUCAUACUUCCAGAGCUGAAGGCUCGUUACUUCACUACUUUGAAGCAUCUUUUCCAGCAGUUGUCUCUAUUUGACCCUCACCAGUCCAAUGAUCAGCCUGAUCAACAACCAAGAACUGCUUGUUAUUGUCAACAGGACUGGGACCCUCCAAUGGUUGAAUGUGUUGGAAGAAACUGCACUUUCAGAUAUUUUCAUCUUCGUUGCUUUGGUCUGAAAAGAGUCCCUAAGACCUGGCUCUGCCUGGAGUGCAAACCAUCGGCUGUGUAGUUGUUAAUAAUCCUGUAUUUGAGUUAACAGUAUUUCGUUUUAAUGUUAAAAUUGAGUAAUAGUUUAAGGAAACUCGUUAGCAUCCGCCUUAAGGAAACUUUGUUCAGUCACAUGUUUCCAUAUUUAUUCUAGUUAUUGACUGAUUAUAUUUGUGUUGGCAUUGUAUUGAGGAGACUCAGUUUUUGUAACAUGUUUCCAGAGACCAUAUUCAUUCUAGUUAUUAAUUGACUGAGUUUACAUUGUACUAGGGAGACUAUAUUCUAGUCACAUGUUUCCAGAGACUCUAUUUAUCUAUUCAUUAAUUUUUUGACUGUUUGAGUUUACAUUGUACUACGGAGACUAUGUUCUA